CCUUUAGCAAGCGACCUGGAACGGGAGAAACAGCGGCUGGUAGACCAGAAUGCUGAACUUCAAGGCCAAAUUGACCAUCAACGGCAGGAGAUCAGCUCACUACAACAGGAAAAGCAAGACAUCAUCCUCGAGAUGGAAGUGGCACAAAGGAGGAACAGGUACGAAGUAGAAGACAAACAACGAGCGCACAAGCUUGAGAUGGACGAACUCCGGCAUGAGUUCAAGGGAGAAGUCGACCAGUUGAAGAGGGAGCACCGGGAGGCCUUGGAGGCUAUGGAAAGGCGACACCGGGCUGAGCUGGCCGACGAACAGACCCACAAGUCCCGCGAGCUGCAGGAGUUGCGCAUUAGGCUAGGGGCGGAGCAGCAAGACCUGAACCUGGAGUUGCUGAAGAAGGAGCGGGAAAUCCAGGAUAUGCGCUCCCAAGUAGAGGCUCUCAGAUCGGACCUCGAUCGCGAGCAAACGCUCAAGGGGGCAUUGAAGCAGAAGAUCACCGAGAUGGAAGCAACAAACAUGACGUUGGAGGAACGGAUGCGCGGACUGCAGGACCAGGUCGCCUUCCUCGAAUCUGGCAGCAAGCAGCAAGCGGACUCGUUCGCCAACAUGCAGGCGCGCUUGCAGGAGGCCUUGCGCAUUGCCGAGGAGGCCCGGCAGAAGCUGAUCAAGGAGGAGACGGAACGGCGCGUCCUCUUCAAUAAGUACCAGGAGUUGAAAGGCAACAUCCGGGUCAUGUGCAGAGUCCGGCCAGUCCUCGACCCCUCAGAAGGCGAGACAGCCAAAAUCACAUUUCCGGAUACCAAGACGUCGUCGCAGAUCGAUGUUACGGGGCCAGAGGAAAAGAGCAGUCUGGGGGUUAUUAACCGCAAGGUGCUCCCUUUCGAGUUCGACCGCGUUUUCGAUCCAUCAGUGCACAAUGAGGAGGUGUUUGGCGAGAUUUCGCAGCUCGUCCAGAGCGCCCUCGAUGGCUACAACGUCUGUAUCUUCUGCUACGGCCAAACCGGCUCUGGCAAGACAUACACGAUGUCUUCAGGGGACGGUAUGAUCCCGAGGGCCACGCAUAUGAUCUACGAUAACAUCACCAAGCUGCAGGAGAAGUCGUGGACAUACACGAUGGAGGGAAGCUUCGUGGAGGUGUACAAUGAAGAGCUGCACGACCUGCUCGCACCCGGCCGAGAGUCCGACCCAAAGAAGAGGCUCGAAAUCCGCCACGACGAAGCCCGCAAGCAGACCACGGUGCUCAACUGCAAGACGGUCGCCCUCGACUCACCCGACAAGGUUGAGGCGAUGCUCAAGCAGGCCCAAAACAACCGCAGCGUGGCCGCCACCAAGGCUAACGAGCGCUCCUCGCGCUCGCACUCGGUCUUUAUCCUCAAGCUGGUCGGCGAGAACAGCGCGACCAACGAACGCUGCGAGGGAACACUCAACCUGGUCGAUCUUGCCGGGUCGGAGCGCCUGAAGCACUCACAGGCCGAAGGCGAGCGCAUGAAGGAGACGCAGAACAUCAACAAGAGCCUGGCGUGCCUGGGCGACGUGAUCGAGGCGCUCGGCCGCGGGUCGGCGCACGUGCCGUACCGCAACUCCAAGCUGACCCAUCUGCUGCAGUACUCGCUGGGCGGCAACUCCAAGACGCUCAUGUUUGUCAUGGUCAGCCCGCUCGAGGCGCAUCUCAAGGAGACGAUUACCAGUUUGAGAUUUGCUACAAAGGUAAGUUAUUCUAAGCGUUGCUGAGUGGAUAAGUGAGUGAGUGGCUAACGAAGGGUUCCGCAGGUGCAUAACACCCAUAUUGGCACGGCCAAAUCGACCAAGAAGU